AUGAUGCGAUCAAAGGACCCUCGAGUCCGCCAGAGGAUAAAUCAAAUCUCCCACAACCUUGAAUCCGCAAACGAGACAGCCCAGGAGGGCCUCUACACCUUCUCUCACAACUAUAUCCUGCCGUGUUUCACGGCCAUCGGCAACUGCGUCUACAGCUGCACGGCACCCUGUCUUCCAACCCGGGAGGACCAGCUGCGUCGGCGCCGACGCGGCCGCGCGGAAGCGAACUUUGACUUCUAUGACGAUUGGGACAACGAGGACUCCAAUGCUGGACUGUUGGGAUGGGGCACCGAUGAACUCGACCGCCUGCUGGCUGGCAGUGGUUUGGCCCGUGGCGGUGCCGAGCAGCCUCGCCGGCAGAGACGGAUGAGCUACGGGACGCGGCGUGUCCGUCGGAAGAGCACGGCUCUGGCCCAAGAUGAACGGAAUGACCCAACCGUCAUCCCCAGCUCCUCGUUCCUGGGAUUCCUCGAGCGGUUCCCCUGGCGCUUCGGGGCGCGCGGACUGAAAUACCGUCCCUCGGCGGCGGACCUGCAGGAACAUCCGGCGGGGGGACUGCGGAGGCACGUCUACGAGGAUGAGCCGCUCAUGGAGGCAGCGGAGGAUUACGAUGCCCAGCCGUCCGGGAGCAAAGGCCGGUAUCGGAGUUCGACCCAGUCGUCGCGGGAGACCACGAACUCGCUGAGUUCGCGCGGGGAUUUGAUUCCCAGCGAUGACGAAGAGGAUGCUGUGCCGUUGGAUGAUGAGUUCGCCAUGGCUCUGGGCAGCCGUCGAGGAACGGGAUUGGACUCGAUCGACAUGAUCGGGGAUAAGCCGGCGAGCAUGCGGUCCGCGUCCGGAACGUUUAGUCUGGGGACCACCAGUUCGUCCAAGGCCUCCAAGAAGAAGCAGAAGAAACAGCGGAGCAGCCGGCUUCGUUCCCCGCAGGAGUCCUACGUAGAUAUCACCCGUGACGAUAGCACACCUUCAUUGGCCGAUCUCAAGAAGGAGGAGGAGGAGCAGGCGGCGUAUGAAGAAGAAUCGGAGAUUGCAAGGAAACGGCUGGCCGCACAGCACUUGGCAUCGAACCGUGGUCUUGAUCAUCAGCUUUCUCCAUCGGCGAAUCAUGGCACGUCAUCAGAUGUAACCCACCAAGACACUCACCAGUCCACGCCUGGGUCACCAGCAGAAGACCCUCCUACACAAAGUCUCAAUGGUCGUUCUGAAUCAUGGCCGUUAUCAAUAACAUCCGAAGACAAUUCACAAACCGAACCAUUCCCGCCUUUCCCUACAACACCCGACACCCACGAUUCGAUCGUUGCAUCACCAAAUAGCGGCUCCCAUGGCCAGGACAACGACCAUGAUUCGGCAUGA